CCUUUUACCCACUUUUCUUUUGAUCCUUCACUCCUGCUUGGAUUUGUGUGUUCUUGAGUUUCCCUUCCUACUUUGUCCUCCCUCCUGCUGUUGCCGCUCUUGUAUAAAGUAGAUCCAAAGCUCUCUUCUGCUAUGUGGUGGUGGCUGCUUGGGAUAUUGAGCUGUUUGGCGUUGGUGGGGAUCAUCACCUUCUUCCUGGUCACCGGGAAACGCUACAAGGUGUUCAGCGAGAAGUGCCUAAGGCCACCGGGACCCCUGGUCACUGACAGCAAGCAGAGGGAUGCCAGGCUGAAGACAGGGUUUCGAGUGGACCGUGUUCCCGCUGCUCUGGAUGCGGUGGUGAUUGGCAGCGGCGUGGGAGGUUUGACAGCGGCAGCGCUUUUGUCCAAAGCUGGGAAGAAGGUUGUAGUUCUUGAGCAACAUGAUCAGGCUGGAGGCUGCACACACACCUUUGAGAACAAGGGGUUUGAGUUUGAUGUGGGUAUCCACUACCUGGGCCAGCUUCAUGAGAACAGCAUGUUGAAAAUUGCUUUGGAUCAGAUCACAGAUGGACAGCUUAUGUUCACAAGGCUGGAGAAGCACUUUGAUACGCUGGUCCUGGGUCAGCCUGACCAGCGCAGGGAGUACCAUAUCCAUGCAGGGAAGACUGAGAUGGCAGCGAGCCUGAAGAAGCAGUUCCCAGGAGAAGAGGAGGCCAUUGAUGAGUUCAUGAGACUGAUGAAGCUAGCCUCACGGAGGACACCCCUCAUCGCCACCUUGAAGAUCGUACCAUACUGGCUGGCUAACUUCCUCAUUCGGACUGGCCUCUUGGAUCGCAUAUCUUCAGUGUUUCGCCUAGCAACAACCAACCAUUCAGAAAUAAUGUCCCGCCUCACGCAAAACAAGGACCUGCAGGCUCUGUCUGCCUACCUGUUCUACGGUGUUCCUCCUAAAGAGUCCAGCUUUCUCAUCAACGCUCUCCUCCUUCACCACUACAAGCGUGGUGCGUACUACCCACGAGGGGGCGCCAGUGAGUUUGCCUUUCACAUCAUCCCGGUUAUUCAGCAGUCAGGAGGCGCAGUGCUAGUCAGGGCUCCUGUACAACGCAUCCUCCUCGACCAGCAGGGGAAGGCCUGUGGUGUUACGGUGCUUAAAGGACAAGAAGAAAUUGAGGUCCGUGCCCCAGUUGUUAUUUCCAAUGCUGGAAUCUUCAACACCUUCCAGAAGUUUCUACCUAAGCAGAUACAGGACCAACCAGAGGUCAGUUCGUUGUUGGGUAUGGUACGUCACGGAAUGGGUUCCUUCUUGACUUUCGUCGGGUUGGAUGGAACCAAAGAGGAGCUGGGCAUCGUUUCCACCAACUUCUGGAUGUAUAAAGACAAUGACUUGGACUCGCUUAUGGAGAAAUACUCAUCUCUGAGCAAAGACCAGGUAUUGGGGAACAUACCCAUGAUGUUCAUCACUUUCCCAUCUGCUAAAGACCCUACGUCCAACAUCAGACACCCAGGGAAGUCCUGUAUGACGUUGCUAACGAUGGCUCGCUACGAGUGGUUCGAAGAAUGGGAGGGGACAAAGCUUGGCAAGAGGGGACAGGACUACGUGGAUAUGAAAAACGGCAUGGCCCAGGAGCUGCUGGAGUGGGCGCUAACCAUCUUCCCUCAGCUUCGAGACAAGGUGGUGAUGGUAGAUGCUGCCACCCCUCUAACGAACGUCCACUAUCUGGGCGCUCCAAGAGGUGAGAUGUACGGAGCUGAACACAACUUGGAGCGCUUCAGCCCGGAAGUGGUCGCCAAAACACGAGCAGAGACUCCGAUCAGCGGGCUCUACCUAACAGGUCAAGACGUCUUCUGUAACGGCAUGGCUGGAGCUCUGCACGGCGGGCUGCUCUGUGCCUCGGCUGUCCUCAAUCAGAUCCUCUACAUUGACCUUCUGGCCCUGAAGACCCGCCUCAAACACAAACAGACCAAUCACAGCCUGAACUGGUAGCGGCAGGGUAGCAGUGGAGGCCAACUGCAUGUAACUGUCUCAGUAUUUUCACCUUGCUUCUGUAUUUGUUUUCUCACUGUCGCAGAUUCUUUCAAAAUGCUAUACGUGUUGCAGAACUGUGUUGAUUGGACAAAGCAGAUUUUGGGAUGGACACUUGCAGUUAUUAUUGGCAUUUUACGAUCCAAGAGUUGGAUUUAUCACUGGUUGUCGUACUUCUUCAUAACCCUCUGCUUUACAUAUUACAGAAUACUCCACACUGCGUUGUUUUUAAUGGUUGCAUUCGUCCGGCUUAGCACAAACUCUUGCUCUUUGUACAACCCUAGAAAACUAAUUUCUCUUGUUGCAAAUCCCACGAUGAAGUACAAUCAGUCCCUUUAGCAAUAAUUAACCAGAGCAUCAUUGUGCUGUAAGACAGAGGUAUGAUUUUGUUUGCCAUUUAUUGAUAUGUCUCAUAUAAUGUAGGAUAACUGAUCAAUUAAUUGUUCGAAAGAAAUAGAAACCUAGAAACCUUAUUCCCAGUUACUUACUUUGUGGAAUUUCGUUGAACAAUCUGAAGAUAUCACCUCAUGCCAUAAUACAAUAGAGCCCCUAAUGAUGUGUAUUUUGCAUUGUGAUGAUGCUGGAACUGUCAGUGAGCUUGGAAUCAGUUUUUAUUUUCGUGUGACAGAGGAAGUAGAUUAAGAAUCUUGUAUUACAGACAGGGAGGGACUGACAGUGUCUCCUAGUAUCCAGAGUUUACUGCUGAUUGUUUGACACUGUUGUUCAUGAUCAGAACGACUUGCCCAGUUUCUGUUUAAACAUGUCAACGGUGAGCUGCCGAUCAGCACCGUUAGUUGCUGUGUGUUAAAACAUCUGUGAACCGGAGCUGAUCAAACACAACAGCAUGACAAAAGAAGACGAGGUUUCUGGAGGCUGUGUUUGUUUCGUCCUUACAGUUGCUGCUCUGGCAUUGUGAUCAAUAACAGAUGAUGCGAUGGAAGAGUGGAGUCAUAGUGUUCUGUGCAGUUUGAAAGCGUGGAAAUGUUUUGGAAAGUGCCUUAUAAUUACAUAAAAGCCUUAAAAGUUUAAAAGCAAGUGCACAGUCUGACACGGAUCAAGUGAUGUUUGUGGACUGUGUUGCCGUGAAUGACAGUUUUUAUCUGUUUGUCUUUAGAAUAAUGUUGAAAUAAUUGAUUUAAACCCGAGAAUUAAAGUGAUGGGAAAACAUGGAAUGUGAUGAAAGUACUUCACUGAACUAAGGCGUCCUGUACUUAGAUAAUAAACCUGUUUCUACUUUUGAUCAUAUGCACAGUUCAGCUACAUUAUUAGAUGCACACAUGCUUGUCAUGUUAGGUUUUCUGACACUGUCUCAUAAAAUAUAUCGUGUUGACACUGAGGUCAUAGUCAGUCAUGUAACUGUCAACUCUAUUUAUAAAACACAUUUAAAACAAAA